AUGGUGACAGCCGCAAAGGGCCACCAGUCUCUCAAAGGGACUCGUACUGGCAAAAACCGGACGAAGACCUUUAACCAACUGAUCGGCAAAGAAUCGAAGCAAUGCGAGAUCCCGAUCAGUCAACUUGAACAGUUCUUCAAGAAAACCACCUCUGUCACAAAUGUAACAAAAAGAGGUUCUGGAAUCAAAAAAAGUUCCAAAAAUCCCAAAGAUAAAAAGUGGGACAGUGGAUUGUAGACCCAUUCACUGAACAGGAAUUGGCAGUUGCUCUUAAGAAAACCAAAGACACUGCUCCUGGAGUUGACGGACUGAGAUACCAUCAUCUAGAAUGGUUCGAUCCUGAUCACAGAAUUCUGACGCCCCUGUACAAUGAAUGCAAGGAGCAUCGGAAGAUUCCAUCACAUUGGAAAGAGGCAGAAACGAUCCUUCUAUACAAAGGAGGAGACGAAUCUAAGCCCGAGAACUGGAGACCAAUCAGUCUCAUGCCAACCAUCUACAAACUAUAUUCGAGUUUGUGGAACCGAAGAAUCCGGUCAGUGAAGGGUGUCAUGAGCAAGUGUCAAAGGGGAUUCCAAGAGCGGGAGGGUUGCAAUGAAAGCAUUGGAAUCCUUAGAACCGCGAUUGAUGUGGCGAAGGGCAGGAAAAAAAGAACCUGUCAGUCGCCUGGCUCGACCUUACCAAUGCGUUCGGUUCAGUGCCACAUGAGCUCAUCGAGCACACUCUGGAAAAAGUAUGGAUUCCCAGAAGAAAUCGUCCACGUCAUAAAAAGACAUAUACAAUGGGGCAUCCAUCCGAGUAAAGAGUAAAAAAAUGAAAAAGAGUAACCAGAUCAAGCUGAAUUCUGGGGUGAAACAAGGAGAUCCCAUUUCACCAACGCUUUUUCAACAUGUGUCUAGAAGGUGUCAUCAGAAAACACCUGGAUACGUCCUCAGGCCACAAGUGUCUCAAGACAAAGGUCAAAAUACUGGCAUUUGCGGACGACAUGGCCAUAUUGUCUGAUUCCAAGAAACAACUCCAGGAAGAGUUGGAGAGAAUGGAUGAUGACUGUACCCCACUCAAACUCAUAUUCAAAACCGAGCAAAUGCGCUAG